GCCAUAUCGAUAUCAUUCAUCUUCGAGCGCCACGCCCAAAUCAUAUAAUUGGUAGAACAAUUCAACGAUCUGGUUUAUUCAUUUUAAGUCUCAUGUCAGCACAAUACGACGACAAGUGUCUUUUCUGCGGUAUUACUAAAGGCGUAAUCCCAGGCUUCAAGGUUUACGAGACAGAUCAUAGUCUUGCCUUCCUGGACAUCAAUCCGGUAUCCGAUGGCCAUACGUUGGUGAUCCCCAAAUCUCACGCCAAGACGCUUGGAGACCUUUCGGACGACUACCUCCGUGACAUUGGCCCAGUCAUCAAGAAGGUGGCUCUCAUGACAGGCGCCGAGCAGUACAAUAUUUUGCAGAACAAUGGUAAACUAGCAUUUCAGCAGCACGUUGACCACGUCCAUUUUCAUGUGGUACCCAAAACAAGCGAAACAGAUGGACUAAUUAUAUCAUUGGAAAACAACUGGCCCCAAAAGCAAGUCUCAAAAGAGGACUUGGCGGCUAUACUAGAGAAAAUGAAGAGCAGAGUUUGA